UCUUCUUCAUUCGUUCCAAAAGUCGCGACUCUUCUUCUUCCUCUGACGAUCAUCUUCUGAAGAAUCUGAUUCCGAUCAAAAUCACAGAAGAAGAUGUCUCGCCAAUCGAUUUCACUACUGAAGAAUCUUCGUAGUAUCGCCACCGGUUCCAAAAUUCAGACCCGAUCCGUGACUUACAUGCCCAGACCCGGCGACGGAAAACCACGACCGGUAACUUUAAUCCCCGGAGACGGAGUUGGUCCGUUGGUAACAAACGCGGUUGAGCAAGUGAUGGAAGCGAUGCACGCUCCGGUUUACUUCGAACCGUUCGAAGUUCAUGGAGAUAUGAAGAGUUUACCUGAAGGAUUGUUGGAAUCGAUUAAGAAGAACAAAGUUUGUUUGAAAGGUGGGCUCAAGACUCCCGUCGGUGGUGGUGUGAGUUCUCUCAAUGUUAAUCUGAGAAAGGAGCUUGAUCUUUUCGCUUCUUUGGUCAACUGUUUCAAUUUGCCUGGUUUAGCUUCGCGUCAUGAGAAUGUUGAUAUUGUUGUGAUUAGAGAGAACACUGAAGGUGAAUAUGCAGGUCUUGAACAUGAAGUUGUUCCUGGUGUUGUUGAGAGCCUUAAGGUGAUCACAAAGUUCUGUUCGGAGCGUAUUGCAAAGUAUGCAUUUGAGUAUGCUUACUUGAACAACAGGAAGAAAGUUACAGCAGUGCACAAGGCCAACAUCAUGAAACUGGCUGAUGGUUUGUUCUUGGAAUCUUGUCAAGAGGUUGCUAAGAAGUAUCCAAGCAUUGCCUACAAUGAAAUCAUUGUUGAUAACUGUUGUAUGCAACUUGUAGCUAGACCAGAGCAAUUCGAUGUCAUGGUGACGCCCAAUCUCUAUGGUAAUCUUGUUGCAAAUACUGCUGCUGGUAUUGCUGGAGGCACUGGAGUCAUGCCUGGAGGAAAUGUUGGGGCUGAGUAUGCAGUCUUUGAGCAAGGUGCAUCAGCGGGAAACGUGGGGAAGGACACGACGGAAGAGCAAAAGAAUGCAAACCCUGUGGCUUUGCUACUCUCAUCAGCCAUGAUGCUUAGACACCUUCAGUUCCCUUCUUUUGCUGACCGCCUUGAAACCGCUGUGAAGCGUGUUAUCUCUGAAGGAAAGUGCCGGACUGAAGAUCUUGGCGGAAACAGUACGACUCAAGAGGUCGUUGAUGCUGUCAUUGCAAAUUUGGAUUGACUUGACAAUUCCAAGUUCCCUUGCGUAAUCAUCAGUCACACGUCAGUAUGAUUCACACUUACCGGAAAUACUUGUAAUUUUUCACAUUCUUUCGAGAUAACUCAAAUUGGGAUUUAAAAUUUCGAGAAAAAUAACAUGGUUUUUUAUUUUGUUUUGUUUUAGUUUACAAAAGUUGCGAA